AUGGCUGCUGAAAUUAAGCCUGCUCCAAGAACUCCUAAUGACAGAUUUUCCACUACUAAAAAACCUGCGCUGUUAAGCAAAUUAGAGGGUUGUACUGAUGAUGUUAAUGCUGCCGUAGUGAUACCUGGGGAGGACGGAGUAAUUAGCGUUUGUGACGAUAAGACUGUACGGGUAUGGCUGAAACGAGAUUCUGGACAGUACUGGCCAAGUAUUUGUCAGUACAUGCCGUCAGGGUGUACAUCAAUGUUCUAUACUCCAGAGACUAGACAGUUAUUUAUUGGACAAGAAAAUGGAACCAUCUCAGAAUUUACACUAGCGUCAGAUUGCAACAGAAUUAAUCCUACACGAGAAUACCUAGCACAUACAGCUCGAGUGACAGCAGUAGUUUUUUCUCUGAGCUGUGAAUGGGUUUUAUCUGUAAGUCGAGACAAAAUGUUCUCGUAUCACUGCAGUGAAACAGGUCGUAGGAUUGGUGGCUACUCUUUUGAAGCAUGGUGUACAGCAUUACAAUUUGACUCACAAUCGAAGUAUGCUUUUGUUGGUGACUAUAGUGGACAAAUAACCAUGUUAAAAUUGGACAAUAAUGGUUCUACCCUAGUCACUACAUUAAAAGGACAUACUGGAUCUGUGAGAGUACUAAACUGGGCAGCUAUACCGCAAUUACUGUUCAGUGGUUCAUUUGAUCAAACAAUAAUUGUUUGGGAUAUAGGUGGGCAGAAAGGUACUGCCUAUGAACUUCAAGGACACAGUAACAAGGUAACUGGUCUGUGGUAUGUCGGCGGGUGUCAGAGGCUGUUGUCGAGUGGUGAAGAUGGUGCGCUUGGUGUGUGGGAAAUGGGAGUGACGCGCAAGGAAACGCCUGCGUGGCGCGAGUCGGACGUCUGCCAGCUAUGCCGUGCGCCAUUUAUAUGGAACGUGCGUGCCAUGAUGGAGAAGAAACAACUCGGUCUCCGACAACACCAUUGUAGGUGGUGUGGCGCGGCAGUUUGUGGUGCUUGUUCCCCACACCGUUUGCCUCUACCCAUCAUGGGAUUUGAGUUUCCGCAGCGAGUCUGUACUGGUUGUUAUGACACUCUGCGACAUGAACCACGUGAAUCGCUAGCGUCCUUCCACGAUAUGAAGCAUGCGGUGGCGUCUCUUUACGUCGAUGAAGCAACGGGUCGCAUGUGUACUGCUGGCAAGGAUAGGGUUAUUAAGGUCUGGGAUAUCAGCGUGUUGCUAGCUCCAGCUCCAAAGCCAGGAACCAGUGAUCAAUAG